AGUCCUUCCAGGCCUGUCAUAAACUCCUGAGACCCGCCCUGCCCGGGUGCUGUGUGAGGUGGGUGGGUGUAUGUAUGGGUGUAUGGGUGGGGGCAGUAUUGUCUCACCUGAGCUCCCAGCACACACCUAUUAUCUGUCAUCACAUGAUGCUGCCCCCCCCUAUUCUUUUAUUCAAUCUAAAGUGUGGCCCUUCUGACCAGCCAGGGGCCAAGUGUUCAACCCAUCCCCAAAGACUGGACCCUGGGGAAACACAGGCUCAUGUUCGGCAAACCAUUCUCUCUCUAUUAACCUUUUACUGGAUUGUUUUCUGCUGCAGCCACAAACACUAGGAAGUAAGGGCCAGUUAAAGGGGAAGUGAACCCAAGGAUAACCUUUUGCCUAAUGUAAAAGCAUGGGAUUCUGGGUAAUGUCCCAAUAUGUAAAUAUGUACAGAAUGUACCUGCUGCUGAAAGCAAUGUCUGUCUGUCCAUGUUUGCUUGGCGGGGUCACAAGCAGAGGGGAACGGACUGCUCUACCAUUUCAUGGACAGACGCUGCUUUGAAUAACAUUCACAAAUAACCGCUCGUAUUCGCACGCUACAGGUGGCCUCCGACGCAGCCACGGGGACAAGGAGCCUCUCAGCUCUGAACCCACGAAGGACCGGGCGACUGCCCCACGCUCAACGCUCAGGUGAAGAUGGCAAGCUCUGAGGACGAGCUGAUCGGGAUCCCUUUCCCAGAGCACAGCAGUGAUCUCCUGAGCAGUCUGAAUGAGCAGCGGCACAGCGGGGUGCUCUGUGACAUCACCAUUAAGACCCGCGGGCUGGAGUACCCCACCCACCGCGCAGUGCUGGCGGCCUGUAGCGACUACUUCCGUAAGAUGUUCACUGGCAUGCCGGGCCGAGGCAAGUGCCCAGACGUGUGCCAGCUGGAUUUCCUCAAACCCGACGCCCUGGGUGCCCUGCUGGACUUUGCCUACACGGCGACCCUGACCAUCAGUAACGGCAACAUGCGGGACGUGCUGCGCGCUGCCAGGCUGCUGGAGAUCCCCUGCGUGGUGCAUGCGUGUGUGGACAUCCUGCAGUGCAACGGGCACCGGGAGGAGAUGGGGGGCGACGCGGAGGAUCUGGAGUGUUUCCUGCGGGCACGUCAGUACUUGGAUAGUUAUAUGGAGAAUGGGGAGAAUGCAACUCCGCCUCCUGAAGCAGAGAGCCCCCCUCCUCAUCCUCACAAUAUUCCCGUGCCCCCCAAAUCCGUGCAGAUCAUUCCCCGGCGGGGCAGGAAGAAAUUCCUACAGGUCAAUCCCAACCGCAGGAACCAGAACGGGAAUCUCCUCCGAGGGGCAGACGACUCGCUGGAAAGAGAUGCCAGUCACGCUGGGUCGCCCCCUAAUGAGCCAAACCUGGGCUACGAGACAUACGCACAGGAUAAUGGAUUGGGGGGCCACACCAUCUUUGUCCCCCCUUCACCCCCAGAAGAAAUCCUGUCUGAUGAGGAGACGUCCGACAUGGGCUUCCACAAUCCGUACGACCUGGAGAAUCCGGUGAGUGCAGGACUGGAUGUGAGCGACAAGCUGGUGAGGAAACGACGCUCUCAGCUGCCCCAGGAAUGCCCCGUCUGUCACAAGAUUAUCCACGGAGCCGGCAAACUGCCCCGGCACAUGCGCACCCACACUGGCGAGAAACCCUUUGUGUGCCAGGUGUGCGGAGUCAGGUUCACCAGGAAUGACAAGCUGAAGAUCCACAUGCGCAAGCACACGGGUGAGCGUCCGUAUUGCUGUGAGCACUGCAGCGCCCGCUUCUUGCACAGCUACGACCUGAAGAACCACAUGCACCUGCACACGGGCGACCGGCCCUUCGAGUGCUCCCUGUGCCACAAAGCCUUUGCCAAGGAGGACCACCUGCAGCGCCACAUGAAGGGGCAGAACUGCCUGGAGGUGCGCACCCGACGCCGACGUAAGGAGGAGCCCACUGUACCCCACGUGCACCCCGCCCUCGACCUGUCCAAUGGCAAGCUAGAGGAUGUGCCUCUCUCCAUGAUUCGCUUCUGGGGGAUCCCGGUGUCUCGCUCUGGGGGGGGCAGUCCGGAGGGGGUUUUGGACGCUUCAUAGGGGUCAUGAGGGAUUUAAUGUUUCCCAGUUCACUGCAGCACUUCUGCUAACCCCGCCCCCUCCACAAAUGCCCCUCCUCCUCACUCUUCCCAUAAUAUUCAGCUUAAGUGUGAUGCCCCCAUUACACACCAGAUGACAUCACACAGAUCUGAUGAUGUCAUCACCCUAAUAGCAGACUUGACUCUCCUUUCAGGAAGGGGUAAGAGAAGAGACUGUUGGAGGGCGGGAAGUUGUUCUUUCUAAGCCUCAGGGAUCAUUAAAUUCAGCCUUUCUCGCCCCCGUCGAUGAGGCGCCACUUUCCUGCGUCUCCCUAUUUAGGAGAAAAAAGAUAAAUUGAAUUGCUAUUUUUUAUUGAACGAGAAAUCUAAUAUAUACUGUGUCUGUAUAUAGAGAUGCCUAUAUAAAUAUAUAUAUUAUGGAGUAUAUAUGAAUAGAAGUAUAAAUGCUUAGGAUUAAGGCAAGUUAUAGCAAUAAUCAUAUAGUGCCCCCCCCCCAUGCUAGCUUCCAUGAACGGGCGCCAUCGCUGAGCUUUAUUUGUCGCCCGAUUGACCGCGGGGUCGUAUUUACCCACCUCUGACCAGUCGAGCGGCUCUGAUGUCAUCACUAGGACGUUAAUGAUGUCAUUCGUUUUUUUUGUAUUGACCUCACCAAAAACUAGCGCCUGCAGCUUUAGCUCUUAAUCCUCCCUCCCCCAUAAAUAAAAUAAGAAAAAACGGGUUUACGGUGAGAUGGAGGGUGUUGCGUUCAGAAUGGGUGAAGCCCCGCCCCCAUUUUGUUUGAUUUUUUUACGUUGCUCGAUGAUGACGUAUACAUAUAAUAUAUAUAAUAUAUAUUCGCCCAUUGGGGUAACUGCACUAUAGAGCGUGGGGGGCGCUGAUGCCUUGAACCCCCCAGUGGGAUGAGCAAACGGGCGGGGGGUAUUUAUAACGACUUAACCCCUUACAAUCCCCCCCUUUUUUUUUUUUUUUUGUAUCUUAUUAUUUAAAUUAUUGUUUUAAAUGAAACAGGUGAAUGAGCCCCUUCUGAGAAAGACUUGUGCUUGUACUGAUGGUGCUGAACUACAGUUCCCAGCAUUCCCUCUAAUACAGAUGGUCCCAACUUUGCACUCCGCAGGGCUAUAUGUUCUAUAAGGGAAUGAUAGCGUAUUAAAGGGGAAGUAUACUUUAUUGUGGAUAAUGAUGUAAAGAUGCUCUUUAGCAUUAUAUGUUGCCGCACACAGAAUAAGGAAUAGGCGGCGUCUACUCCCCGCAGGCCUGUUGAGUAGUCACGAGGCGGGAGUAGUCUAUAAAUAAUGUGAGUGAGGGGGGGGCAGGAAGCCAAUAGAGAAUCGCGGCACAUGUAGGUGCGUCACGCCCGUGGCUUUUCCCACAACGCAGGGAGCAGAUUUGCACUUUUUAACCCUUUUGUUUCCAUGAAAUGCAGUCGUAGCCCCGUCCCUCGACUGAAGGUGAUUGUUGACCAAAACCCAUGAAUAUUUUAGAUCUCAGCCUUCCAUCCCCCCAUAUAUAUAUAUAUAUAUAUAUAUAUAUAUAUAUAUAUAUAUAUAUAUAUAUAUAUAUACACAGAGUGUGUGUGAUUGGAUGGCUCCCUGCAAGCACCCCAGGAUCUUGUUGAACUAAGAUUCUCUGGCAUGGGCUGCUGGGAGUUGUAGUUCAGCAGGAUGUGAGGGGGUGGUGGGCUGCUUGUCCCUGGUGUUUCGAUGAAAUCUGUAAUGAGAAAUAAUAUUUAUUCAUUGAGUGCGGACCAAGGCUAAAGAGGAGGGGCUUGCUCCGUGUCCUGCAGGAAGGCCCCUCCCGUUUACAGGUGUGGGUGGGGCAGCACGAGGGGGAGGGGUUUCCUUAUUAUUUUGUUUUCAGUUGCUAAUCCUGAUUGUUUGUCCCUGAGCUGCGAGUGAGACGCACACAACGGGGAGUGCUGAUUGGUUUAGGUGCUCCAGGUGUUUAUUAAUGUGCAUAGAGCACUAGUGGGCUUCCUCCAUGGAUACAGGUGCUGGGGGGCUGCUCCCGUGGUUCUCCAACACUCCCGUUAGCUGUAGCAGCCCCCAAUGUGCUCUGCUCAUGGAGAAAGUGCCACGUACAAAUCCACGGACAGAUUGGGGGCACCGGUGUGUCGGCUCGCGCUCUAAUCCCACUAACUGGGAGCCGGUGGAGCUGACACAUUGGUGCCGCUGGGUACGAUGGAACGAUGCAGGUUUCUAAAUGGUUUGAGUUGCAUUUUGUACAUAGUUUUCUGUAAAUAUGUUUGUUUAAAAGAAAAUGGGGGGGUACAAAAUUCCAAAGCCAUAGCCCGAAGGGCUUGUAAAAUAUCUGCCCCCCCCUUGUCUGCUUGCACAGCUGCUGGGUGUUUCGUUAUUAUUUUGAUUUUAUAAGCUCCUCCCCCCUACGGACCAGCCGUCUGUACCACUCUACAUUGCCGCAUCACAUAUAUUUACUGCUGUGUAUAUAAAUCUAUUUACUGAAGUUUAAUAUUCCAAAGGUGCUGCAGUUUAUAGUGGUACAGAGUAUGGCAACCGCCACAACAGGUCUUUUAAUAUCGGCCGUGCCCAGGAGUCUGCUCUGCCCAGUCUGUGUGUGGGUGGCGCCGACCCUUAGGCAAGGCCAGAGAAUGAAUGUACAGUGGGGUCUGUCCAGCAGGAGGGAUGGGACUGACCUCGGGGGAAUUAUUUAGUCACCACUAAAGCUCAGAACUAGAACCGAUUUCUUACCCAGGCGGAGAACUUGGAUUCUUUGUACUUCCUGCUCCUGGGCUGUUCUCUUUCCCAUGGUCAGACAGGAACCUCCCCCUGGGUAAGUGAAUCCAAUCUCCCCCAGUACUUACCCAGGAGCAGGAAGUACACAGGAUGAGAGUGCUGUACAUGGGUAAGAGCCUGACCAGUCCUGAGACACUUGAACCCGUCACACUCCAUUUUCCCUGUAGAACUGGUCAUUUCUGGUUCCUCCUGAUUGGCAGACCCCCGACACUUGUCAGCAGGUGCCUGUUAGCGUGUUCUGUACGUGUGGAAUGAUUGUCCUGUAUGUGCUCCUCUGUGCUGCUCCCCCGAGGGAAAGGGUGCGCUUUUGUACAUAUGGGUCAGAUUCAAGGGGAGACAGUUCCUGUUAACCAAUCGUAUUGCAGCUGCACUCUAACGCUCUCCUGCCCAAGAAGCGCUGAAGCAGCUGUGACUGCCCUACAGAAUCGGCCCAUUCUCACCGAGGAGCCUACAUUCUCCCCUUACCUGCUUGGGGGACACACAGAGGAGCAGGUGGUGUUUUUAGGGGGAUCCCCACUGCUGUAUAUGUCUCUUUCCUUGCACUAAUUACAUGAACCCCUGCCCUGCCGCUAGCAGGCUUUGUGUGUCUCUGCAGAGCGGAGUGUCCGAGUAUUGCAGAGCAACAGGUAAACCCCCUGAGAGUGGGACAGGUGUGUGCCUUCCCUUGUCCCAAAACUAAACCAUAAUUUUACUUGAACUUCUACACUGGUGUGAAAAGAGGGAAAUGUUCCGAUUAUUUAAUUGUUCCGCUUUUUCUUGUUUUGUUUUGCUUUUAUAAUGAAGGUUGGUUGGAAAAUAUCAGAAAAUAAAAAUAUUUAGGAAAAUA